ACUUCCGACGAGGGGCGGAAAAGAGAUGGGCCACUUCCGGCGAGGCCGUUCCCGGCAGCGGUCUUCUCUUGGUAAAUGACUGGAGUCCCUGCGGGAAGAGAGGGUCUCUACUCUUCUGGUUCUGGUGCUGCAGCCUUCGCCACCCCGCGACAUCAGAACCUCGUAGUCUGUUCUGCCGACCUCUCCUUCAGGCUCCUUAAACAGUUCAGUCCCCUGGGUCGCUCUACCCCUACCCCAUUUUGCUCCUCCCGGAGCCCUCUUGCUUUCGGAGACCCUGCGCCGACCGUGAUGCAAGGGUGUCUCGGGCGGAAAGGAACGAUGGUCUUCUGGGGAAGUCAGACAUGGUAGUGAUCAGUCUGAGGACAGCUACAGAGCCUUCUGGCUGACUUCAGUGAGUUUGAACUUCUUUAUGAGGCCGACUGCCUGAUAGACUUCCUGCACUGGUAACAAAAGGCCGACCAGGCCAGGCCCGAGCAGUGCCGGGGGACCCAAGCUAAUGCAGUCUGAACUCACAAAGUCCCAGGCCAACCCACUUUACUGACCUGCCCCCACCACCCACGCAGCCAUGGAGAAGAUGUCCCGCGUGACCACGGCCCUUGGUAGCAGUGCACUGACUGGUCGCACCAUGCACUGCCAUCUAGAUGCACCGGCGAAUGCCAUCAGCGUGUGCCGUGAUGCGGCCCAGGUGGUUGUGGCAGGCCGCAGCAUCUUCAAGAUCUUUGCCAUUGAGGAGGAGCAGUUCGUGGAAAAGCUGAACCUGCGUGUGGGCCGGAAGCCCUCACUCAACCUGAGCUGUGCGGAUGUGGUGUGGCACCAGAUGGACGAGAACCUGUUGGCCACCGCAGCCACCAAUGGUGUGGUGGUCACGUGGAACCUGGGUCGGCCAUCCCGGAACAAGCAGGACCAGCUGUUCACAGAACACAAACGCACUGUAAACAAAGUCUGCUUCCACCCCACUGAGGCCCAUGUGCUGCUCAGUGGCUCCCAAGAUGGCUUCAUGAAGUGCUUCGACCUCCGCAGGAAGGAUUCUGUCAGCACUUUCUCUGGCCAGUCUGAGAGCGUGCGAGAUGUCCAGUUCAGUAUCCGAGACUACUUCACAUUUGCCUCCACCUUUGAGAAUGGCAACGUACAGCUAUGGGACAUCCGCCGUCCUGACCGAUGUGAGAGGAUGUUCACGGCCCACAACGGGCCCGUCUUCUGCUGUGACUGGCACCCUGAGGACAGGGGCUGGCUGGCCACAGGCGGGCGUGACAAGAUGGUGAAAGUCUGGGAUAUGACCACACACCGUGCCAAGGAGAUGCACUGCGUGCAGACCAUCGCCUCAGUGGCUCGUGUCAAGUGGCGGCCUGAGUGCCGCCACCACCUAGCCACGUGUUCCAUGAUGGUGGAUCACAACAUCUACGUGUGGGAUGUGCGUCGGCCCUUUGUGCCAGCCGCUAUGUUUGAGGAGCAUCGUGAUGUAACAACAGGCAUUGCCUGGCGCCAUCCCCAUGACCCCUCCUUUCUGCUCUCGGGCUCCAAGGAUAGCACACUGUGCCAGCACCUAUUUCGCGAUGCCAGCCAGCCUGUUGAGCAUGCCAACCCUGAGGGCCUCUGUUACGGCCUUUUUGGGGACCUGGCCUUUGCUGCCAAGGAGAGUCUAGUGGCUGCUGAAUCGGGACGCAAGCCGUACACUGGUGACCGGCGCCAUCCCAUCUUUUUCAAGCGCAAGCUGGACCCUGCUGAACCCUUUUCAGGCCUUGCCUCCAGUGCCCUCAGUGUCUUUGAGAUAGAGCCUGGUGGUGGGAGUAUGAGCUGGUUUGUGGACACAGCUGAGCGUUACGCUCUCACUGGCCGGCCACUGGCUGAGCUCUGUGACCACAAUGCCAAGGUAGCUCGAGAGCUGGGCCGAAACCAGGUAGCACAGACAUGGACCAUGCUGCGGAUCAUCUACUGUAGCUCUGGUCUGAUGCCCUCUGCCAACCUCAACCACAGCGUGGGCAAGGGCAGCUCCUGUGGCCUGCCCCUCAUGAACAGUUUCAACCUGAAGGACAUGGCUCCUGGGCUAGGCAGUGAGACAAGGCUGGAUCGAAGCAAAGGGGACACACGAAGUGACACAGUUCUGCUUGACUCCUCGGCCACUCUCAUCACUAAUGAGGACAAUGAGGAAACUGAGGGCAGCGAUGUGCCCACUGACUACCUGCUUGGUGAUGUGGAGGGUGAGGAGGAUGAGCUGUACCCCCUAGACCCAGAACACGCACACCCCGAGGAGUCUGAGUACGUGCUGCCACAGGAGGCCUUCCCGUUACGCCAUGAGAUUGUGGACACACCAUCUGGGCCUGAGCACUUGCAGGACAAGGCCGACUCGCCACAUGUGAGUGGCAGUGAGGCGGAUGCAGCCUCGUUGGCACCUGUGGAUUCCUCCUUCUCCCUCCUCUCCAUCUCACAUGCGCUGUAUGACAGCCGCCUGCCGGCUGACUUCUUCAGUGUACUGGUGUGCGACAUGCUGCGCUUUUAUGCUGAGCAGGGUGAUGUGCAGAUGGCCGUAUCCGUGCUCAUCGUGUUAGGUGAACGUGUUCGCAAGGACAUUGAUGAACAAACCCAGGAGCACUGGUACACAUCAUACAUUGACCUGCUGCAGCGGUUCCGCCUCUGGAACGUGUCCAACCAGGUGGUCAAGCUGAGUACCAGCCAAGCUGUGAGCUGCCUCAACCAGGCCUCCACCACCCUGCAUGUCAACUGCAGCCACUGCAAGCGGCCCAUGAGCAGCCGGGGCUGGGUCUGCGACAGGUGCCAUCGCUGUGCCAGCAUGUGUGCUGUCUGCCACCACGUGGUCAAGGGUCUGUUUGUGUGGUGCCAGGGCUGCAGCCACGGCGGCCACCUGCAACACAUCAUGAAGUGGUUGGAAGGCAGCACCCACUGCCCUGCGGGCUGUGGCCACCUCUGCGAGUAUUCCUGACGUGCGGUCCGUGGCCUGGGUCAGCUUCCACAGCUCAGCGGAGGCCCGUCAGGACUAGACACAGCUUCCAGCCUGCUUCCGUGCAGGCAUGAAAGGGGGCUGGAGCUUAUGAACUAAAUAAAAGGCAGGAGUUGCUGUCGGACUGUUAGCAGU